UCAUUGCAGUCGGCCCGGAUGUAUAAAGCCUCACCGCACCCAGCUCCUUUCUGGCAUGAGAGCUCUGGGGACCUCAUCCGCAUCGUGGGCUUCAUCUUCACGUUCGGUUUCACCACUCAGACAUCCGGGGUUGCUUCUGCAUAUAAAGACGCUCUGCUGCCUAUCUCAGCUUUGUCUUCUCCGACAUAUAUUAUAAAUCUAAUACUCCACACACCCCACAUAUCUCAGCAUCAUGGCUGGUGGUGGCAUGCCCAUCUCCACCGGCACGGUCGCCGGUGGCUACCUGACCGGAAAGGCCCUGAUCUUCCCGCUGUCACUCGUCAUCUCACUCUUCUUCCUGUGGGGUUUCAGUUAUGGUCUUCUGGAUGUGCUGAACAAGCACUUCCAGACCGUCCUCGAUGUGUCGCGUCUCGAGUCGACGGGGCUGCAGGUCAUGUACUUCGGCGGCGGUUACCUGCUCUUCUCCCCCAUCGCAGCCGAGGUCCUCAAGCGACGCAGCUACAAGUUCACAAUCAUCAUGGGCCUGUGCCUCUACUCCCUGGGCGCCAUCAUGUUCUGGCCGACAGCACACUUCACGACGCCCGACAACAAGAAGGCCGCCUUCGGCGGCUUCCUCGCCUGCACCAUGGUCAUCGCCUGCGGCCUCGCCACCCUCGAGACGAGCGCCAACUCGUACGCCGUCGUCAUCGGCAACCCGGCCACGGCCUCGGCGCGCCUGCAGUUCUGCCAGUCGUGGAACGGCGUCGCCUCCUUCAUCGGCCCGCUCAUCGCGUCCAAGGCCUUCUUCUCGGGCGAGGGGUCCAAGGACCUGACGUCGGUGCAGUACGUCUACCUGGCCGUCGCGUGCGCCGGAGCCGCCGUUGCGGUCCUCUUCUUCUUCGCCAAGCUGCCCGAGGUCUCCGAGGAGGUCAUCGAGGGCACCUCGACCGCCGACAAUCCGGCCGCCGCGAGCGACGAGGGCAUCGGGGCCGGCCCGCUCUACAGGCAGUACAACCUGAUCGCCGCCGUCGCCGCGCAGUUCUGCUACGUCGGUUCGCAGGUCACCGUGGCCGCCUUCUUCAUCAACUACGCCACCGAGAACGCGCACUUCCACCCCUCCACCGGCUCCCAGAUGCUGUCGUACGGCCUCAUCGCCUUCACGGUCGGCCGCUUCGUCGCCACGGCCCUGGCGACCGUCUUCCAGUCUGACUUCAUUAUGAUCAUCUACGCGGCUAUCGCUAUCGCUAUGACUGCAUACGUGUCCAACGGAACUGGUGCUGCGUCUGUGGGGGUCCUCAUUGCUAUUUUCUUCUUCAUGGCGCCCAUGUAUCCGACGCUGUUCUCGCUCGGGACCGCAAACCUCGGCCGCCACACCAAGCGCGGUGCCGGUGUCAUGGUCAUGGGCGUGUCGGGAGGCGCCGUCUUCCCGCCGAUCCAGGGCGCCAUCGCCGACUCGGCCGGCACCCGGAUCAGCUACCUCGUGCCGCUCGUCGGCUUUGUCUUUGUCCUGUUUUAUGUCCUGGCCCACUGGCUGCGCACGGGGCGUCACAUCAUGCGCGUCAAGGAGGUUAUCGCUACGACCCCUGAGGCUGCCAUCGCCGCUGGCGAGAAGACCGAGUUUGAGAAUGUGGAGAUUGUCGGUCACCACAAGGUUUAGAGAUGUUUUCUUUCGAUUCAUGUGUCCCGUCUUGAAGACAUUUGUCUAGAUUCCACUCCUGAUUUAGAGAUGUGAUUGGGAAAGCGUCCAGGAUAGAAGACCGAGUCAUAGAAGCUCAACAAAGAAAUGCUGUUAAAACACA